UGUAAAUAAUUAUUAUCAUUUUUGUGUCUUUCUGAACUUAAUCUUUGUGGCUUGUAUUUUAAUUUAUUUGAGAUUCUUGAAUAAUGGCGUUGUGCAUUUUGUGGUUAUUUGUUUAUGUGGUGUUAAGUACACUGCCUUGUAACUUAAUGAUUUGCCUGUGAGUGUUAAAUUUACUGAAGAUUUUGGAGUUGGUUGGGCAUGAAUAAUUUCUUUUUCUUUUGUCAGAACAAUUUAGACCUCUUACAAUGAACUCAGACUCUUCACAGACUCCUCCAGCUGCCUGCUCACAGCAUUUGGGAAUUGUUCAGGCAAACACGUCUACCACUUUAAGUGAAGGGCCAUCCAUCUUUGUGGACCAACAAAUUGGAACAAUGCUGGAGAAACAUCUAACAGAAGAAGUACCUAAAGAAAACCCCCUAGGCAGUCUUGUGAACUUUUGCAGAUCCUUCUUCAUCAACAGACGCAAGAUGGGGUCAUCCCCAGGUGGCAUCAUUCCUGAUAGCUCAGCCAGACUAAUCUGUUUACCAGGGAUAGACGUUACGGAUCCUGGUAUUCCUGAUGCAGACCUGGGAAUGUGUAAUGAAGGAGAGACUCUUCCAGCUGAUGCACACUUAGAGCCCUACCUGGGAGGCUUAGCAGACACAGAGGAAACUAUGACGAGUCUCUUCUCUUGGGUGAGUCAAGUCAAAGUACAAAAGCAGCUGUUUCACUGCCUCCGGUGUGGGAAGAGGUUUAAGCAACAAAGAACUCUCAAACGACACAAGUGCAUUCCCACAGGAGAGAAGCCAUAUUACUGCUCACUGUGUGGGACAAGUUUUAAGCAACAAAGUACUCUCAAACGACACCAGCUUAUUCACACAGGAGAGAAGCCAUAUCACUGCUCAGAAUGUGGGAAGAGCUUUGCUUCUCCGAUUGGUUUCAAAGAACAUAAGCGUGUUCACACAGGAGAGAAGCCAUAUCACUGCUCAGAAUGUGGGAAGAGUUUUGCUUCUAUUAGUGUUUUCAAAAGCCAUAAGCGUGUUCACACAGGAGAGAAGCCAUAUCACUGCUCAAAGUGCGGGAAGAGUUUUGCCCAGCUGGGUUCUUUAACAGUACAUCAGCGAUAUCACACAGGAGUGAUGCCUUAUCACUGCUCAGAAUGCGGGAAGAGUUUUGCAAGUGUGGGUAAUUUACAAAGACACCAGCAUGUUCACACAGGACAAAAGCCAUAUUACUGUUCACAGUGUGGGAAGUCUUUUACCCAGUCAAGUGCUCUCAAAACACACCAGCGCAUUCACACCCGGGAGAAGCGUGGACAAGAUGCCUGAGAAAGACAAAUGCACAAAGUCAUCAGCUUCUGUAGUAUGAAUUUCCUCUGGAUCCACUGUGACAUUUUGGUUCAUAAUAAAUUGUUAUGUUCAUAAAUUUGAUGCGGAGUAGAUUUUUUACAGAAAAAAUGAAAAAGUGUAUCACUGAAGGAUUUUAGUUUCAAGCUGGCUUUACCAUCAAGAAAAGGCAAGCAUUUCAUACAUAGGCCUAUGUAAAGGGUUAAUGGGACCACUUGGUUGUCAGCAGUAAAAAUCACAAAUUUUACCUUAUUUAACAGGGAAAAGCACAAACAAUCAAGAAUGCAUGAUCAUAUAGUGUCAUGGCUGUGCAGUCAAAAAAUGUCAUUAUGGGGCAAAAACAUCCAUGAACAGUAAAUGAGUGAGAAAAAAAUUAAAUUUGAUGCUGCAAAAAAACUAACGAUGCUCAGCCUCUGACUGGAGAUCGGUCUGCUGUUCUGUAAGAGGCAGCUUCCGGCGUGCGUCGCUAUAAUUAUCUAUAAGAGACAAUCCAAAAAUUAAAACAAUCCACUGCUUGUUUACCAUUUAACCUUUUAAAUUAAGGAUAGUAUAUGGAAAGGAUUUCUACAUCCUUGUAGUAUACAUAAUUUUAACUUUAUAUGCAGACCAAGACUCCUGGGGUUGCUCCAAACACUUAGUUGCCCUCUGAAUCCCUUCACCCUUGUAUGGAGGCCAUAAACACACACCAUUCUUCACCCAGACUGCAGGCACAACCUCCACUUCUUCAGUG